GAAACGAAAUAGAUUGUAAAGUGUAGAAUGAGUGUCGUGAACGCGCAGCGCGCCGCGGGACUCGAGCUGUUUGGAAGUUGACAGACCUAAACAUGAAACUGUUUUACUACUUGCUGAAAGAUGUCACGCAAAAAAUCGAAUAUUAUUCCAGGUUUUCGCCUUCACCGAUGUCAAUCAAGCAAUUCCUGGAUUUUGGCAGGGAAAAUGCAUGUGAAAAAACCUCCUACAUGUUUCUGCGGAAAGAACUGGCAGUGAGGUUGGCCAAUACGAUGAGGGAAGUUACCUUGUUGCCCCCCAAUCUUCAGAGCCAGCCGUCCGUCAAACUGGUGGAGUCCUGGUACAGCCAGAGCUUUGAAGAGCUGUUAGAAUACGAGACAAGAAGUCCAGAAGAUCCCCACACCCUUAAUGACUUCCUAGAGAUCCUGAUUAAGAUUCGUAACAGGCACAACGACGUGGUGCCCACCAUGGCCCAGGGUGUCAUCGAACAUAAAGAGAAGUUUGGUUUCGACCCCUUCAUCAGCAGCAAUGUGCAGUACUUCCUUGACCGCUUCUACACCAAUCGCAUCUCUUUCCGCAUGCUCAUCAACCAGCACACUCUUCUGUUUGGCGAUGCCACUUUUCUUGGACAACCAAAACACAUCGGAAGCAUCGACCCAGCCUGCAAUGUUGCUGAAGUGGUGAGAGAUGCAUAUGAGACAGCAAAGAUGCUUUGUGAGCAGUACUACAAGAUGGCACCUGAACUAAAGAUCGGGGAAUUCAACUCCAAAACUCCAAAGAAGCCUAUACAGGUGGUCUAUGUGCCCUCUCAUCUUUUCCACAUGCUGUUUGAGCUCUUCAAGAAUUCCAUGCGGGCAACGGUAGAGCUCUAUGAAAACAACGGUGAGGGUCUUUCUCCAGUGAAAGCAAUGGUAACUCUGGGAAAAGAAGACCUCUCCAUAAAGAUUAGUGAUAAAGGUGGGGGUGUCCCUUUACGAAAGAUUGAUCGUCUCUUCAAUUAUAUGUAUUCCACUGCCCCAACACCACGUCUGGACUCCUCUCAAGCUGCUGUCCCGCUGGCUGGAUUUGGCUAUGGGCUGCCAAUCUCUAGACUUUAUGCACGCUACUUUCAGGGAGACUUGAACUUGUACUCGAUUGAAGGGUUCGGGACAGAUGCAGUAAUUCAUCUGAAGGCUCUUUCGAGUGAAUCUUUUGAGCGUCUUCCAGUCUUCAAUAAGUCAGCAUGGCGACAUUACCAGACAGGUCCUGAGGCUGAUGACUGGAGUAACCCGAGCCGUGACCCACGAGAUGCAUCCACAUAUAAAGCCAAAAAAUGACUUUGGCCAAGCUAUACUGAACACUGCCAGAUAAGGAAAUUUGAUUCUAGGCCUUUUUAGUACUUGCUUACUAACUGUCUGAAAGUAAUACAUUAAGUCGUGACGUAAGGAAUGCUAUUUCCAGGUGCAAGCCUCGUUUCACUUGAGAAUACCAUCUCAACAGCCAUUUAUAGCCUAUUUAUUCACAUUACACAUUUAAGAUGAGCAUUAGUGUACACACUACAGUCUCUGUGUAGUCUCACGGCAUCCCGGGCAUAAAUAUUUUAACAAUUUAUAAAAGCUGAAUCACUGUCUGGCCUUCUGGGAUUUCGGUAUGGAGGUAAUGGUUAGGAUCAUGAUUUUUUGGUAUUACAACGCGCUGUGAGUGUAUAUUAGCAGUGUUUGAGUGCUUGGACCCGGAAGCGGUGACGUGUGACAAGCACAACAUUCGUUUCUUCAGGUAUCUAGGGCCUCAUUUAUAAAAUGAUGCGUAGAAACCAUCCUUAGAAAAAAACUUGCGCCUCUCUUUGAAGUGAAAUUUCUAAAUUGCAAUUGUGUACAGCAUAAUGGUUUCAGACUUACGCCUUGUAAAUGCAGCCCAAUUAAUGUAAUUUAUUAUUGUCAUAAUAACUAGUAAAGAGCAGCAGUCAACAUCAAAAUCCUUACUUUAAAAUUGCUUUCGACAAGAAUUGUUUAGAUUUUCAAAUACUUACAGUACAUACAAAAACUGUAUAUGAACGUUGGCCUGGAUUUUAGCAUAGAGGGUCUUCAAAUCUGUGUGUACGCACGUUUUAUAAACUAGGACCAUGGUCUUUUCAAUAAUUUCCUCAAAACAUUGCCAUUAAAACAUUUUUAGACAUUU